CUCGCCGCGUCGUCUUUCAUCGGCUGCACGUCUGUAGCUAUGCAAUGCACGGUUUGAGCCUCCACCGUCAGUCGAGCGUUGGUGCAACAACUGUGAGGGUGGCAGUUUAUUUCGCCAAGCUUCGGUGACAAGUUUAUCCAUCGUUUCUGCUCCUGCCCCGAAAUAGAACGCGUAACAACAGGACUCCGACUGCUUCAUAGGCAUUUAUCUGUCGUUCAGGGUUGGUAUAUCAAGGAAUUGCUAGGGAAUGAUGGUCACAGUCAGUCUGCAUGUCCUCGUGUUUCUCUCACUAACUUGCAUCGGCGCCUCUCGUUCAGUCGAGGCCGUGUACCGGCCGAUUCGGUCAGGUCGGAAGGACUACAUACUUCAUGAUGUCGGAACUGAGCAGCCGAGCCGUGGGAGGAGAACGACGGUCAGCGCAGUUGGGGCGGGAAACGACGAGGUUCAACACGACGGAAAGAGCCUGGGCAACGACCGGGAUACAAGUUACUUGCAUCUAAUGAAUGCCUUCACGAGCGACAUGAAUGUUAGCGUCAGGUUGAAGGAUGCCGCCUUUGAUGGCUUGAGUUAUGGGGAUAUUCGCUCGACCAACCUGAAGAGACCGCUCGAGCUGACGGAAACGUACUACGUGUCAGUGGGGAAUGAUUCCUACACGGCCAACGUGUCAUCGAGUGUGACGAGAAUUCCUGCCAAAGCGGAUGUCUUUCUCAUCACCGACGUGUCCUAUGAAGGUCGAUUGCGCGAUACACUCUCGGUCUGGGAUAGAACGACGCCCAUGUCGGACGGCUGCUUCUGGUUGCUUAGCUACAACGCCUUCAGCCAUUCUGGACUAGAUGUCUUGGUGUUCGAUCCCAGUAAAGUCGGAACCGAUCACUACAGUCUACAUCGAAUAGGAAUGAGUAUAGAGUCAUUCGACGCUUACUAUGUGGAACUCGAAGAAUCAACGUAUGAAGUAAAGGUGGUGGCUCACAACAUGGUACAAAAUAUUGAUGAUUUUAAAAACACGCCUUCACUGACUCCUCCACUGUAUAUCCAUCCAAAAGCGGGAGAACGAUACUAUGCUGCUAUUACGGGUAUAUAUCAGCAGACUGGCAAGUUUCAGCCUCAAUACAAGAGUGUGCCUCAGCUGCCCAAGACAGCUCCUCUGCCCUAUGAGAUGACCAAGAUGGUUGUGUUCAAUGCAUAUCCGAGCAAUGCGGCUGUAGAGAUCUAUUUUCCUGGGAAUCAUCGUUUCAAGCAUUUACCAUACGGGCACGUGACCGAGGCACAGUUUAGCUUGAAGAGAUACGAUAUGUACCGAAUCAGAUCGAAAGCGAAAAGUCAUUGGUUAGAAUAUCAUGUGGACAUUGCAGUCCCAUACAUUAAGAGUGAAUGUCUCCUCGUCACCGAUAUGGGAUCCAGUCGAGCACUGGAAAAUAUUUUGUUGUGUCGAAGCAGUGAUGAUCUACAAAUGCCAAUCGAUAAUGGCCGUAUCCUCACUUACCAUGCACUGAAUAACUACUCUCAACCGAUCGAUGUUCUUUUGUUUGAUCACUCGAUGCUAAACAAUCCCAGUCAGCAUAGUCUGUAUAGCAUUGCCGACAAGUUAGUGUUAGGAGAUGGUGUUCGAGCCUCGUUGCCGAGUGGCAAAUACAAAGUCAAGGUUGUGCCCAGUGGUACAAUUACAGACUCGAACGAGUUUGAAGCCGCUCGAUCUCUCAUACCCGUUUUCUCAUUAGAUCUGGAAAGUGGUGGAUACUACUAUCUCAUCAUCAAUGGCAUCUUUGGCAACAAACAGUUUCCUGCAUCACACAUCAUGCACACAGAGAUAAAAAAACCGACGACCGACUACUUUUCUUUCUCAACACCACAAGCAACGGAUGUGCCUAGUUCAAGACGUUCGAGCCCAGAUCUUGUCGAUGAGAAUAGUACCGAGAGCCAGCUGAAUCUAACUGGAAAUUCAAGCAGUAGAGCUGCCACACAAUCGUCACUUUUAGGAUUACUAUUGACCGUUGCAAUCGGCUUUCUCCUGUGGUGAUGGACAAUUGCAACCCGUGAUCCACACUAUUAGCACAUAAGAAAAGGGUUUAUAUGAAUUUGCGUCUGUCUGAGUACGGUAGCAGAGAGAUAAAUGGGCAGAACUAUUUUGGAGAGAGUUCAGUGUGUUCAGCUUUCUAUCUUUCCACAUAUCACAUGUUGAGCACUGCUGAUCAUAUAGAGACAUAAAUGAGAAUGGUACAGUACAUAGCUAUACUGCAGUAGUGCUUUAGUAAACAGAUAUUUAUUGAUCGAGUUACUGCCUGGAAUCUAUUGUACACAGGCUUUCCGGUUCAGCUUCAACUGGCUGUACCUGAGUUGUACAUUCAAAUGAGAGUUUUUCUAGACACAAAUUUGUGGUGAAUAGAACUCAUGGUUCAGCACCA